UUUAUCACUCUCCCGGCUUACUCUAUCCUCCUUUCAUCACCAGGAUACCUCUGAUCUGCAGCCAAUAGGGUGACAAUAACUUAAAGUUCUGAAAAUAUCCUAGUAUGACAGAACUACUCGACAAUUCGAGGUCCUCGUCUACUACGCACCUUGUGAGUUUAAACUCCUACCCUUCUCCAGCAAUCUCAAAUGGUGUUGAUAACAACGACGAUGCGGCAAAUAACUCCAGCGUAACCGAAAACAUAAUAGCUAACCUACUACACUCAUACACGGUAGAAACUGAUAAUAAAAGGCACCCAAAGUUACGAGAAAACGUAUCCCGACUCAAGCUGCAAAACAGAAAUGAAUCCAAACAAUCUUUUAUCUCUGAGUUGAGUUCAAGUUUGAAUCUAAAUAUAGGCAAGAAUGCAAAUAAUCAAGUGAAAGCAAAUACAGGGAUAGGACGAGAUUAUUGGCUAGAUGAUGCAUCCGCUAUCAAAUGCAGAUCAUGCGAUCGGAAGUUCACCACUUUUUUGAGAAAACAUCAUUGCAGGAUAUGUGGCAAGAUCUUCUGCUCAAACUGUACCACCUUCAUCAAUGGCGAAAAAUUCAACCAUCAUGGGAAAAUGAGAGUGUGUUUGUUGUGCAAUAAUUUAGCAGACAGAUAUGAUGAUGGCUACUUUUCGAGCGACGACGACGACGAAGAAGAUGACGCUUAUGGUAAUGGUAAUGGUAAUAGUGGAGUAGUCGAAGGAGAGAAUAACGGAAGAGAAAAUGAAGAACGGAAAACCAGCAACCAGGAAAACUCCAGUAACAGUUCAGCUAGUAAUAAUAAUAGGCUUGGUGCAGAUUUUAAUAUUCUCAACGCAACUGGAAAAGUGCACAGUAUUUCGACGCCCACGCCCCCACCUAUGAUGACCAUCCCUACUACAAGAGCAGGUGAAGCACUUGAAAUAGAUAUACCUAAUCACAAUCCAAUUAAUCCUAUCCAACAUGAUUCAAAUAGCAAAAGUGAUGUCAAUAAUACAUUUCACAAUUCUAAUGAUUCUUCAGAGGAUGAAAAUGAAAUGAUAUCAUUCAUGAACAAUCAUCAAUUCAAUUGGCCAAAAUCAUCCGAAUCUAUGGACACCAAAAGCCCCAAUAUAGGUACCGUCAACACGGGAAAUAUCAACAGUAGCGGGAGUAACAGCAGCAAUACGUCCCAUUUUCUUGCAAAAGUUCACUCUUUUAGAUCAAGCAACGCUUUGAAUAACAACAUGCUGAAUUAUGGUAAAACAAACAGAAGACGAUUAGUUAGUAACAGAAUCAAGAAUCGAAAAUCAUCAAGGCCUUAUACAAGCAGAAUUGGCCAGCAGAACAACAGCAAUUUUGAUAAUAUUAACCCGGACAUCCAUUUUUCUGACGAUUUUCAAAAAGUCGGAGAGAAAUAUGCUUCUUCAUUACUGAAUGAGCUUUUGGUAGACAAAAAAAUUGAAAACUUUCUUCAGUGGUCAGACGUUUUAAUAAAAUCUUUAAAUAAAAUAAACAAUAUUGAGAUUCACUUGAAGAAUGUUGACAAUAGUAAUAUCAACUCGAAUGAAUCAAACUAUAAUUUUGCAAAUUAUAUCAAAAUAAAGAAAAUUCUGGGUUCAGAUUUACGUGAGACCAAAACAAUAGAAGGAAUAGUAUUCUCCAAAAAAUUACCUUUAAAAACCAUGCCGACUACAAUCAAAUCCCCAAAAAUUAUGCUCAUAACUUUUCCUCUCGAAUACGAUCAAGACAUCAAUAAUAAGCAUCAUUUCCAAAGCUUAGAGUCCAUAAUUGCUCAGCAAGACCAAUAUAUCAAAAAACUAGUCGAUAGGAUUUUGAAUUUGAAACCGACAAUCGUUAUUUCUUCAAACUCCAUUAACGGGCUGGCGUUGAAAAUUUUUGCUGAAUUUGGGAUUUCGGUUGUUCCCAAAUGUAAGUUGAGCAACUUAAUCAAAUUGUCUAAAUUUACAAACUCUACAAUUAUAACCUCCAUCGACUUGUUAGCCAUGAAACCCCAAAUUGGGACAUGUGAAAUGUUUAAAGUUCUCAAUUUUAAGUUCGGAAAUGUUGUCAAAAGCUACCUUUUGUUUGAUGGAUGUCCCAACAAAAUAGGGUUGACAAUCAUUUUACGUGAUGCCGAUGACGAAACUUUGACCAAAGUUAAGAGUUGCCUGAUGAUAAUGAUAUACACUUUUACUAAUAUCAAGUUAGAGUCAAGCUUCAUGAGAGAUCAGUGUCUAAAGGUGGAGGACCAUGAUCGGAUAAAGUUUAUUGACAGUCUCAAUGAUUUGGCACCUCUCUAUGCUUAUGACUUCAAAAGCUUCAAUGAUUUUGUGAAUUUACUUAACGUUAGGCUAGUUAGCACUUCUCCUUGGGUUAAAUUCAACAAGCCAUUGAUCCUAGUUCAGCUUGAAAAAACCAAACUCAAGAUUGCUGAAAAUCAGUCCUUGUAUGAAAAAUUUCUUUCAGACCCGGCUGAUCAAAACAAUGACAUUAAGUCUUUGCUUGGUAUUGAUGACCUCAAAAUACAUGAUGAGCUGGAUUUAUUGAAAUUAGUGACUUCAAUCAAGUUAUAUAGGGAGAGCUUUUGGCAGACUGAAAUGGCUUUCUAUCUGAAAAAAUGGGAUCAGUUUUGGCGAAGCAGAGAGCUAACAUAUUUUGAUCCCAAUUACAAUCAAAAUAUUGCAAUUUUGUUCAGCAUGAUUUCCAAGAAAAACUCGACCCCUUGUAUUGGACCAGAAAUUCAGUUGAUUGACUUUUAUUGGGAAAGCGAUUUCAGUCUUGGUCAAUUCAUUGAAAAUAUAUGCUUAAAUGCCAACAAUCUCUGCAAUGAAAAUUGUCAGUUACCUCUAAAAGACCACUACAGGUCUUAUGUCCACAACGAUGGUAAAAUAGAUAUAUUUAUUGAAUCGAACAGCUUGAAUGUGCUCUCAAACAAUAUAAUGACCUGGAGUGUUUGCAAAAAUUGUUUGAAUUCUACUCCUGUACUACCGCUAAAUGAUACAUCGUACAAAUAUUCAUUUGGGAAGUUCCUGGAACUUAUAUUCUGGUUCAAUAAAUCUUUCGACUUCAAAAUUUUGAAUAACAAUAACAAUUGUCAAUGCAAUAUCAAUAAUCCGGAUUUUGAUUUUUUCAAAGAUUAUAUUCAUUACUUUAGCUUCAAAAAUUAUAGAAUUCAUUUGGAGUAUAGUAAAAUUGAUAGUUUACAACUGAUAAUCCCGAAGUUCAAACUUUUCUGGAACCCGGUUUAUCAUUAUAAAAUCAAGCUUAAUCAUUUCCAUGAAGUUCAACAAAAAAGCUCCGAAUUUUUUGAUUCCGUAAAUAAUAGAUUGGUAAGAAUUAAAUUAGAUGGUACUGAUUUAGGUACAGAGCAAGUGGAAGCAGGAAAUGUGAGUUUGAGCAAACUCAAAGCGAAACUUUUGGAACAGCGGAAUGAAAUUGACUUGUUACUAGUUACAAUGUAUAAAGACUCAGGAAUUCAGGAGCAUUUGAAACUUAACACUGUUUUGAGGGAGGUACAAGAGCUUUCAAGUUUCUGGAAUUUUAAAUUCCAAGUAUUUGCUAAAGAGUUUCUACCGAGUGAAAAGGAUGUGAAGAAAAUUACUGCGUUCCAGUUAGAUCGUUUGUUUAAAAGUCUUGCUAACAAAGAUGAAGAUGAAAGUGAGACUGAAAGUGAGACUGACGAUACUAAUAGUCAUGCCGACGCUAAACCAAUUUCAAUUGAAACAACUUCACAAUGUGAUGUCAAUGACCCAGAUAUAGAACAGUCUAUUGAUAGAGAAACGAAGUUAGGCGAAAAUUCAAAUCCGAAGAAACAUAAAAGUCAACUUAUCUUGAACAGAAUACACGAGCUAAAUAAUAAAAAAUCUGAUAAGCUACUUUGGCUUCCACCUUCAAAAGCUUUGGAAGGAGGACUUGAUGCAGGUAAAGUAAAACAAUUAACGAGAUUCUUUGAUACCCAAGAGUAUUUCAACCAAAGAGAAUUAGAAAAACAAAAACUCGAUAAUUACAACAAGUAUACCCCCAAAGUUAGCAUCAUGAAACCUCAGAUUGAGGUUUAUAAAAAUGCAAGUGAUGCUGUCAAUGCCGAAGCGUUAAAAAACUCUCAGCAGAUUACUUACAAUAAUAGUAACUUGAGCCUGGACGCUUUGCGAAAAAAAAAAGUCAGUCUGGACCUCAAAGAAAAUGAAAUAGACAGAACAAGGGAAAUAGAGAAAGAGCGAGAGAAAGAGAGAGAGAAACAGAAAGAAAAAGAGAAAGAAAGAGAAAGAGAGAGAGAAAGAGAGAGGGAAGCAGAAAGAGAAAAAGAAAGAGAAAGAGAAAGAAAGAGAGAGAGGGAAAGAGAAAAGGAAAAGGAUGUACAGCCAGAAAAAAUAUCUCUCCUAAAGUCACUUACGCAUUUUUGGGCCGACCGUUCAGCUACAUUAUGGGAGCCUCUAUCAUACCCUCUAGAUUCUUCUGAACAUAUAUUUGUUGAUUCUGAUGUGAUUGUUAGAGAGGAUGAGCCAAGUUCGAUUAUUGCUUUCUGUUUGAGCACUAGUGACUAUAGACUGAAGUUAAAUAGCAAUAAUUUGAACUCAACUCAGACUGAGAUAGUUUCGGAGGAGGGAAAUGACGAAAAAGAUGAUGUAUGUGUUAAAGAACCAGUUACUGUGGAUAUAGCUGAAAAUCAUAAGCUGCAAGAAGCUUAUGAUAAUGCUAUCAACAAUAUUGAAAACCAACCUGAAAAUGUUUCAGUUGCUCAAGAAUGCAACGAGAUUAAGAAUAACACGGCAAGUAAUGAGAUAAGGAUUGAUGAUAAAGUUGGAGGAACCAACCAGAAGAAAAGUAUAGAACGACUCGACUUAGAACAAAUUAUGCUGAGAAAAGGGUUCCAUUUGAAGUAUCAAUUUGAAGAUGGGUAUUCCGCUAUCUCCUGUAAGAUCUUUUUUGCACAACAAUUUGAUGCUCUACGUAAACAAUGUGGUGUGAAUGACAACUUUAUUGAAAGUCUGUCGAGAUGUGUCAAAUGGGAUUCCACGGGAGGUAAAAGUGGUUCUGCUUUCUUGAAAACUUCGGACCAGCGUUUCAUAAUAAAGGAACUAAGCAAAGCAGAAUUAGAGGCUUUUGUUCAUUUUGCUCCAAGCUACUUUGAGUACUUUGCUCAUGUCUUGUUUCAUGACUUACCCAGCGUAUUGGUGAAGAUAUUUGGAUUUUAUCAAAUUCAAGUUAAGAAUACUGUGUCGAAUGCCAAGUCCUACACCAUGGACAUUUUAAUUAUGGAAAAUCUUUUCUAUGAUAAGAAAAUUGAUAGAAUCUUUGAUUUGAAAGGGUCCAUGAGAAAUAGGCACGUGGAACAAACUGGAAAAGAAAACGAGGUUUUAUUAGAUGAAAACAUGGUAGAGUAUAUUUACGAAUCACCAUUGUUUGUCAAAGAGAAUGAUAAAAGGUUACUAAGGGCAUCAUUGUGGAAUGAUACUCUUUUUUUGGAAAAAAUGAAUGUGAUGGAUUACUCAUUGGUGGUUGGGAUUGAUCAUGCCAAUAGUGAAUUGAUUGUCGGUAUUAUUGACUGUAUUCGCACUUUUACGUGGGAUAAGAAAUUGGAAAGUUGGGUAAAAGAAAAGGGACUAGUAGGAAACACUGGUGUGGGUAAAGAACCUACCGUUAUCACCCCAAAGCAGUAUAAGAACAGAUUCAGGGAAGCCAUGGAAAGGUAUAUACUCAUGGCGCCAGGAGUUUAUUAUCAGGGCACUACAAACUCUACAUAGAGCAAACGGAUUACGUAAUUGUAUAGAAUUUAGAAUAAUAAUUUGAAAGACUUAAAUGU